UAUGCAGGAGUGGUAUCACGUGAGAGUGUCAGAAUUGCCUUCACCUACGCUGCCCUGAAUAACCUGGACGUUUUUGCUGCCGAUAUCCGAAAUGCUUACCUUCAAGCACCCUCAUCCAGAAAGGACUAUAUCAUUUGUGGCCCUGAAUUUGGAUUGGAGAAUGUUGGAAACGUUGCCUUGAUUCAUCGUGCCUUGUAUGGCGGAAAGACCGCAGGACGGGAUUUCAGAAACCAUCUCAGAGCUUGUAUGCAUCAUCUGGAUUUUCUGUCAUGCCCUGCUGAUCCCAAUGUUUGGAUGCGUCCUGCUAUGAAGGACGAUGGCUCCGAAUAUUGGGAAUAUGUCCUUCUAUACACCGAUGAUGCGCUGCGUGUCUCUAUGAAUCCAGAAAGGGUUCUCCGAAAGGAACUUGGGAAGUAUUUUGAGCUGAAAGAGGAGAGCAUUGGCCCUCCGAAAAUCUAUCUUGGCAGUAAUGUACGAAAGGUUGAGCUGGAUACUGAUGUUCAAUGCUGGGCAUUUGGAUCCUCCCAGUAUGUCCAAGCCGCUGUCAAGAAUGUUGAGAGAUACCUCAAUGACCGUUGCAAGGCAGGAGAUGAGCGAUUUAAACUGAAGCCCAAGGCAAUGACGCCGAUGCAGACCUCCUACCGGCCUGAGCUUGACGUGAGCCCAGAAUUGGAGCCGUCUGAUGCCUCAUAUUAUCAGUCGCUGAUCGGAGUCCUACGAUGGAUUGUUGAGCUUGGAAGAGUUGAUAUCUGCCUUGAAUGUUCUUUGAUGUCUUCGCAACUGGCUAUGCCAAGAGUAGGACAUUUGCAUCAAGUGCUGAGCAUUUUCUCUUAUUUGAAAUCUCAUCACAACGCUGAGUUGGUGCUUGAUCCAACCUUCCCUGUGAUCGAUGCUGCCGAAUUUGAAAGGAAGGAUUGGUCAACCAGCGAAUUUGGCCACAUAGACAACUUGAAGGAAGAGCUGCCUCCAAACCAGCCAGAACCAAAAGGCAUUGGAUUUGUUACAACUGCCAAAGUGGAUGCUGACCAUGCCUCUGACACAACUACGAGACGUUCCCGAACUGGUUUCUUUGUGUGGGUAAAUGGUGCAUUGGUGUACUGGAUGGCAAAGAAGCAGACUGCAGUUGAGUCUAGCAGCUUUGGAAGUGAAUUCUGUGCAAUGAAGUUGUGCUGUGAAUAUCUUCGUGGCUUGCGAUACAAGCUAAGGAUGAUGGGGAUUCCUGUACUUGGCCCGUCCUUUAUCUAUGGAGAUAAUAAGUUGGUGUUGGCCAAUACAAGUAUCCCUGACUCUCAAUUGAAGAAGAAAUCUCAGUCCAUUGCAUAUCACUUCAUCCGUGAAGGAGCUGCAAAAGACAAAUGGCGGACGUCGUAUGUCAACACUCAUGAGAAUGACGCUGAUUUAUUGACUAAGCAACUGCCCUAUGGUCAAAAGCGACGAAAGUUUGUGAAUCGCCUGAUCCAUCAUGUCUAUGAACAUAACUAA